UCGCUCAUAUUCACAGAGAUAACAGGCACUACUAUUAAACCACAAAGCUCUUCCACACAAACUGAAGUGUCAAGACAGUAACGUCUGCGUGUGCAUCUGUGUCUUUCACACUAAAUAAACAGACAGUGGCACUUUUAAGUUCCUGUCUAUCACUGAACAUGAUUUUCACUCUGGUUGUUCUUCUUCAGACGGUGUCUGCCACACAGGCUUUAGCUCUAGAUCCCUGCUCAGCCUACAUCAGUCUGAAUGAGCCAUGGCGGAACACGGACUACCACGUCAACAACUCAGCAGGUGUCCCUCUGUGUGACCGUCACGUGGCGGGGGAAUGGUAUCGCUUUACAGGGAUGGCUGGGGAUGCUAUGCCUACUUUCUGUAUCGAAGAGAACCACUGUGGUACCCACGCCCCCAUCUGGCUGAACGGCAGUCACCCUCAACCUGGCGAUGGCAUUGUUACCCUGCCUGCAUGUGCCAGCUUCAGCAACAACUGCUGUCACUGGACGGCUAAUGUGGAUGUGAAGGCCUGUGUAAAGGGUUACUACGUCUACCGCCUCCCCCGACCCUCUGUCUGCUUCCAUGUCUACUGUGGCCAUUUCUAUGACAUUUGCGAUGAGGUGGAGUGUAAUGGGGCUGACUGCCCUGUCGAGUCUGAAUGCCGCUGUCCAUCAGGGACGGUUCUGGGAGCUGAUGCACAGACGUGCCUGGAUGUGAAUGAAUGUGAGAAAGGAAAUGGCGGCUGUGCUGAAGUGUGCAUCAACAUUAAGGGUUCUCGUCGUUGUGAGUGUGGACCUGGUAAAGUGCUGGACGUGGAUGGGGAGAGUUGUAAAGAGAUAGCAGGAUGUCACAAUGUGAAUGGAGGCUGCAGCCAUGGAUGCUUCUCAGAGAUGGAAUCACAUUACUGCCACUGUCCCCAGGGCCUGACGCUAGGAGAUGACAAACACACCUGUCAGGUCCCUGUGCAUUGUGAUCCCAGUUCCAUAGAGGUGUCAGUUCCCAAAGACCUUGUGGGAGGGCUUGAACUCUUCCUGUCUAAUUCGUCUUGCAGUGGUGUUUCCAACGGCACCCAUAUUAACCUGCGCUUCAGUCUGAAAACCUGCGGCACUGUGGUACAGGUCACAGAUGACAAAAUCGUUGGCACUAACUUGGUGACAGGGUUGCCACGGUCGAGCCCUGGCAGCAGUGGGGACUUGAUCGUUCGCACUAGUAAACUACUGCUGCCAAUUACCUGUGAGUUUCCACGCCAAUAUGAGGUGUCUGAUGGAUACCUGCCCAGUCUGCGCAACACAGCACUCGAGCUAGCGGGCCACAGCGAAGGAAUAUUCCCCUUUACUCUUGAGCUCUUUAAGAGCGCAGAGUUUUCCGAGCCGUACAGCCAACCUCCUCAACUUCGGCUUCGGGACUCGCUGUACUUCGCCGUGGAACCUAGAGAACGGGUGGAUGGCCUUGCUGCUUUUGUAGAAAGCUGUUUUGCCACACCUGGCCCCAAAGCUGAUCAGGCCUUAAAAUAUUACCUCAUAAAAGAUGGCUGUAUUUCAGAUGAAACUGUGCGUCAGCUUUCUGCUAAAGACCAGCUCUCCAAGCACUACCAGGUCCCUGUCUUCAAGUUCAUCGGCAAGGACAACAGAGAGGUUUUCCUGCAUUGCCAUGUGCUGGUGUGUGGACAGGCACAAGGGGAAUCUCGAUGUACACAGGGCUGUCGAAAGCGUUUGAGAAGAGAUCUCUGGACCAACCAGCACCAUGAGCAAGAUGUACUGUCCAGUGGACCCAUUCAUAUACUACCAGACCCAUAAGACACACACAGAUUACACACCAUCCACCUCUUAUAAGCACUAAUCCCACAUAGUCACACACAAAACAACACAAUCUACAGGCUAUUUUACUGUAUAUAAACGCAUCCAUAUCUCUAAGUAACUCUAAGUAACCGGGCACAAUCUGUUGAGAUUCCUCUCACCCUAAACAAAUUGUCUUUUGGUGCCUCUAGGACAUUUAGGGUGCUUUCACACUAGCACUGUCCCUGUCAGUAGUGUUCGCGGGCUGGGGCCCCCAGCGAUAGCAAUCUCCCUGUCUGUAGCAAUCUCCAGGGGGACCACAUCUGUUGCACCAGGAGGUGGGGGUGGUAGGAACGAUCACCGCGGGGCCUGGUGCGACCGCACCAGUUGCACUGCCUUAAGGACGGCCCUGUCUGGGGUAUGGUUCAUGUGAACUCUGGUGCGGUUCACUGCUAAUAUGAAUGCGAUCGUACCAAAUCAUGGAAGUGAAUCGCUAUUGAUGAUGAAUAAUUCACGUCUUUGCAGGCUCCUGAUCACAAUUAUUAUGGUUUAAUGAAUUUCUCAAACCAUCUUGUGCCUAAUUAAAUCACCUUCAGAGAUGAUUUCACCAUCUCUUGAAAGGCAUCUGCAGGCUUUCAGCAGACAAACGCUAAUAUUCUUCACAUCAUUCCACAUUCAAUGCAUUUGUGGCAGACAAACAUAAUUGUCGUUUUGUGCAUGUAAAGUUUUGGUGGUAAAUCCUAAGAGAUGAAUACUUUAAUAAUACAGCGAAGCUGAGGUCUUCUUGAGUUGUUGCUUAGUUUCAGUGGUAAACAGCUGCUGAUUGUACUCACGUUGAUGAUGUAAUCAGACUGCGGUUCGGACCCAAGAAAUAUGAUGUGAACAGAGACCAGCAGGGGCAGGGGCAGGGGCAUGGGGGAGGAAACAAACUCGGGUUCGGUCCAAGCAAUCAAACCAAGUGUGAAAGCACCCUUUUAGCCAAACAUCAACUUGCUUAAAGCACAUAACAUACAGUACAUUUGAUUUAACAUGGUAACAGCAUUGAAUUUGAAGCAAUUCACACUAAUCUCAUGUACAGUAAACAUGUAUAAUGCUUAUGUAUUUUUUAAGUAAUGUUGAAGCAUCCUAGCUGAUGCAUUGUGUUUUCAGUACAGCAUCUGUUUGCCAGCCAUCUGCCAGUAAGUGCACAAAACCAUAUUUUAGCCCAAGCAAUUCACAGCAUAAGCCUUCACAAUUAAACUUCAGGACUUUAAAAAGCUUACAAAAAGUAAAUGUUACAGUCUGUACACUUGCUUUGUCUUAAGUGACUAAUAUGCAUAUAUGCACUGUUGUACUGAGGGAAAAUAAAUGAUUUAAACUGCCAAUAAUAGAAUACUUUUUGUCACAGUUUGUAGUUGUACACCCAUUGUACAAAAAGGCCUCAGUUUGUUCCUGAGAGGCAGAAUAUGGCCUAACCCUCCCCACACCCUAAUACUAACCAUAUGGAGCCUUUAAUGCUAAGGAACCCUGCAAGCAACAACAAGAGCAGUGGUUCUCAAAUUUUGUUUUUAGUCACGCCCCACCUUUGAAACAGUGGAACCUUUUCACCAACAAUUAAGUCAUUUUAAUAAGCCAGCCAAUGCAUUAAUUAUAUUCUACCACGUUCAAAGCAGUUUCCUGUCAAUGUGAAUGAGAAAUAACCAUAAAGCACAAACUAAUUAAGACAAAAUAGCUCUUAAAAUGAACCCAUAUGCUAAAUAAGACAUUUCCUACCUGUUACUUGAAGACCUCAAAUGUGGCCUUGUGCUCAGGAGUGUUGCUAAUACAUGUCUUCAUGAGAUUUUCUCUAUCCAAGCAAUUUAUGUUAAACACAAACAAACACCAGAAGAUGACUUUUUUGCUCCGCUGAGGUAUUAGUGCCUUCCGCAGGGCGACGAAUCACGAGAACACUAAAGUUCUUACCUGUGCUGUUUUUGUUUUUGUGUGUGUAAAUUAUUAUAAUUUCAAAGGAUGAGUUUACACCUGAGUAAAGUGUAAUAUUCCUCUGAAGAAAAAACUUAAUAUUGAGGAUUGAUUCAUUUGUUUUUAUUCAUAUAAACUGUAAUACAAUAUGUAUCAUUAAACAACAGUAAUGAUACAAUAACACAAUUUAAUCUUAAUUUACCGUUUCAUUGUUAACGAUCACUUUUAUUUUAUUUUAUUUUUUUUUGCUUUUGUGCAAAUAAAAGGAAAAAAGGGAGAAUGAAAAGUUCACUAGUGUCCAUCACCAUCACAGGGUCUCUCUUCAGUUCAGCAGAGCCCUGCCCACAAGCAUGACAAAUCUCUCCGAAAUGGGACACAAUUUUUAUUAACAUAAAUGAUAUACUGAAAGCCAAAAUUGCAUUAUACCUACUGCAUUAAUACAAUGAAAUAUAUGAAAUUUCGUUGAUACUGUUUUCCAGUCUUGCUCACUAGGAGGUGCUUCAGCACCCUCAGCACCCCCCCUUCCCGCGCCUUCCAUAUAACUGUGAAUAAAGCCAAAUUGGAUUUAGUUUGGAACAGUGUUGCUUAAUACAUUAAAUAUUAGUCUUAUACAAACAUAGAUUGUCAGUUAUUGUGGGGCGUUUAUGUUGCCAUUUGCCCGUUUCGUCUCUUCUUCUUUUAUUUAUUUUUGUUUUUAAAAACAGGUUUUUGAGACAAUAUUUAUUACUGAUAAUUUGUCUUCUCAUAUGACAAAAUUGCACACAGUGACAAACUACAAAUAUGUUUGACAGAUACUUUUAAACAUACCAUAUACAAUGUUUUGAUUUACUAAAAUGUAUCCACUAGCACCAGUUCAAGGGUUAAUGAGUGAAUCUCCCAAAACCUGCCAGGAACAUGUGCAAGGCAUAUUUGACUCCAAAAUCAACAAUUAUAAAUAUGUUAUUUUUCUUAAAGAAAAUGAAACUUAUUUUGAGGAUCUUUAAAAUUCUAUGCAUUGUGACAUAAAAACAUUAAGCAAUUAAACAAUUAAGCUCCCUUACCCCAUUCUUAUAAUAAUAAUAAUAAAAAAUAAAAAAAUCUCAUAAGUGUAACUGUUGUUUACAUAAAGCAUUUAAACAUCAUGCUAGUACUUGUUGUGCUGCGUUUCAUUUAUGUGGAUGUAAAUUAAAAAUCUAAUUAUUUAUAGAGAGAGAGAGAGAGAGAGAGAGAGAGAGAGAUUUAAAAAAAAUAAAA